ACUAUCACAGGAAACGUUGAACGAAUCAUCGAUAACGACGGCUGAAGUUCGCUGAUAAAAAAAAACCUUAUUUGAUCCUUGCUUGUCUUAAAAGCAUUGAUAUAGUUACCUUCACUAUUUGUUAAACACAUUAAUAAAGAUGUUAUUUCAGCGUGAAAUACCUGCUGAAAUAGCACCACGUUAACUCCCUCGGCUGGCCGCUGACAGCCUCUCCAGGCAGGAGUCAGCCGCAGUGCUGUCCGUCCCUCUGCUGCUCACUCCGGAGGAGGAAUGGUAGACUAGCCGGUUAGCUCUUCGGCCAUCAGCUGUAGGAUUCACGUUAUUUGGCUUUCGGUUGUUCUGUUCAAAUAAUGAAUUUAUUACCGACCAAUCCUCACGGGAAUGGGCUCCUUUAUGCUGGAUUCAACCAGGAUAAUGGAUGCUUUGCCUGUGGAAUGGAGAACGGCUUCCGUGUGUACAACACAGAUCCUCUCAAGGAGAAGGAGAAACAAGAGUUCCUGGAGGGCGGGGUCGGUCACGUGGAGAUGCUGUUUAGGUGUAACUAUUUAGCACUAGUGGGAGGAGGAAAGAAGCCAAAGUACCCAACCAACAAAGUGAUGAUCUGGGAUGAUCUGAAGAAGAAGACAGUUAUUGAGAUUGAGUUCUCAACAGAAGUCAAAGCAGUGAAGCUUCGGCGUGACAGGAUUGUGGUGGUCCUGGACUCGAUGAUUAAAGUCUUCACCUUUACCCACAACCCCCAUCAGCUGCAUGUCUUUGAGACGUGCUAUAACCCCAAAGGUCUGUGCGUGCUGUGUCCCAACAGCAACAACUCCCUGUUGGCAUUCCCCGGGACUCAUUCUGGCCAUGUGCAGAUAGUGGACCUGGCCAACACAGAGAAGCCCCCGGUCGAUAUCCCCGCCCACGAGGGGGCGCUGUGCUGCAUCGCUCUCAAUCUGCAGGGCACGAGAAUAGCUACUGCGUCAGAGAAAGGGACUCUCAUUAGAAUUUUCGACACAUCCGCGGGUCAGCUCAUACAGGAGCUAAGACGAGGCUCUCAGGCAGCUAACAUUUAUUGCAUUAAUUUCAACCAGGACGCAUCCCUCAUCUGCGUGUCCAGUGACCACGGCACAGUGCACAUCUUUGCUGCAGAGGACCCAAAAAGGAACAAACAGUCGAGUUUGGCGUCAGCCAGCUUUCUUCCCAAAUACUUCAGCUCCAAGUGGAGCUUCUCCAAGUUCCAGGUCCCCUCGGGCUCGCCCUGUGUGUGCGCCUUUGGGACGGAGCCCAAUGCUGUCAUCGCCAUUUGUGCUGACGGCAGCUACUACAAGUUCCUGUUCAACCAGAAAGGGGAGUGUGCCAGGGAUGUGUACGCCCAGUUCCUGGAGAUGACCGAUGACAAAAUAUGACCUUUGACCCAUCUGGAGACUUGUCACAGCCUGUUUUUUUUUGUUUCUUUUUUUUUUUACUUUUUUCCCCAAUUAUUUUGGAGGAGAGGUCCCACGCUGCACUUCUCCUUAUCUUGACAGACUCUGUAAAAGAGCAUCAGAUGACGGGAGGACAAAGAGGGAGAAACCGUCACAGCAAAGAUGAGCGGAUGGAAGCACUAACAGGGACGCAGACUUUUGUCUCUCACAGACUCCUGGGGAUUUGUCUCUGAACAGGGGGACUGGGGUUGACUCCCAAACCAAACACUAGAGAAAAGAGGGAAACUUAUUUUUUUGAAUGAACAUGCCGCUUUUUAAGACGUCUUCCGAGGAAUUUACAGAGGAUGGUUAUUUUUAAUCACAUAGAUGAUUCUGAUAGUUAGACGGAUUGAAAAUAUUGAGAUUUUUGUCGACUAACACCACCUAACCGAACUAUAGGGAGUGCCUCGAGACUGUAGAGAAUCUGUAUGUGUGCACAUAUUAUUGUUGUCAUAUAUACAUAUGUGUGUUUGUGUAUAUACCAAUGUACCACAUUAGGUGUUCACAAAGCAGAUUCAGAAUGAGGAAACCGGUCUCUGAUCCUGCAUUGUGAAGCGUCACCUUAGUAUUGCUAGAUUUUCUUAGAUUCACUGUAUAAACACAACGCGCCCGACUGAACUUCUAAUUCAAUAGAACUGUACCGAAUAGUAGCAGAAAAAAAUUAACAUGUAUUUUUGUUUCCCUCGUCCUUUUUUUCUUUUCAUACAUUGUGCAAUAUGUUUUCCCUAAUUGCUUUUUUGUUAAGAGCUUGUGAAAGUUGAUUGUUUGUUUUUACCUAAACGACAAAGCUUAAAGAAAUAGUUUAACUUAUUGGCAUGUUAUCAUUUACUUUCUUGCUGAGAGUUAGAUGAGAGGAUUGAUACAGUUCUGUACGCUAAAUGUGAAGUUGGUUGUGUUAGCUUAGCAUAAAGAGUGGAAGCGGCUAGUCUGACCCUGUCUGUCUGUAAGCACCUCUUAAGCUUACUUAUUGGCACAAUAUAUCUUGUUUGGUAAAUCCUGAAAUGUAAAGUUGUAGUAAUACACAGAUUAUAUGGCAGUUUUAUUUUAUUUUUUGGUUGGCUGGGAGCAGUGACAACCAAUUUCUUUUUUUUUUUGUACAAAUAAAUAAGAGAUGCGUGUUAAAUGGCCAGAGCCAGGCUAACCCAGGUUUCCAGUUUGUAUGCUAAGAUAACCCACUAGCUUUAAUGUAUUCCUGCAGACCAUAGAUUGAUAUUAAUCUUCCCAUGCAACUCUCUGCAAGAACACGAAUGAGCUCAUUUCCCAAAAUGUUGGACUAUUUCUUUAAUAGAUUGUGAAAGUGUUAUCACAUAAACGGUUUCCAUCCUAAAUCUUCAAACUCUAUCUAUUGGCUGACAUUCAAAAGCACUGAUCCAACUGUGAAAAUCUGAAUGUUUUUGAACUUCAUGUUUAAUGUUGAUACAUUAUUAAAUCAGAAGUCUCCUGAUUGGUGAUUGGUUGCUUCAUAUACUUGUUGGCCAGUGUGGCUCUCCAGUCACAGCGAUAUUGUACCUUUCUAAUUGUUUAAAUCCUGACGACACUUGUCCCAACUUGUGUCAGUGUAUAUCUCCUUAAACUGCUUCACUACGCCCCCUAACGGCAUUGAUAAAAUCAACCAAUGCUAAUCAGGGACUCUGAAGUGCUUUGUUGAAGCCUGUGGCCAUAAACAGGAGAUCUGUUCAGUGUGGAUCCACCACAAUGGAACUGUGUUAAUGUAUAAUGAAAUAUUCCUCUCUUUUUUUUUUUCAUUUGUCACGUUGAUUGACAGCAUUGUUGGUGAUUUGGUGCAAAAACACAUUUUUAUUUGUGUUGCUUUCUGCAUCAGAUUGUAUAACUGCAGGCGUCGCUCUGUUGAACAAACGCAGCACUAGGCGGUUUCAGACCACAGUGAUGAUGCUGCACAAACUAAAAAAGCCAACUUGUGUCUGACGCACUCGGAAUGAUUGUAAAACAUGCAUUUAAAUUUGUGAAUAAAAUGUAACA